UGAUAGUGUUGUUAUUAUUAUUAUUCGUGUUGCUGCUGCUGCUGCUGCUGCUGCUGCCAUGGUCAUAUGCAUUAUUGGAUGCUGUGAACGAGUUCCUGCCGAUCCGUGUUUGCCACGACGACGCUAGAGAUGAUGAUGCAAAAGAAGGCGAUGAGCGAUGCGUGACAGGGGCGACGUUUACUUUGGCAGGCUCGAUCUUGGAGAUCCCGACGAGGAAGAAAAAAAAAUGUUGUUGCGGAAUAUCAAAUGGGCACUCCUCGUUCUGCAAAGCUGCACGACUCUAUAGUAUUAUUGUUACUAAAAAACCGGGCAGUAUCAGUAGCAGCAACGGGUACUGUCCACCGUUCCUAUUACAAAGCAUUACCAAGGCCUUUCACGACCCAAAGGAGAUGCCAAAAACUGAGAUCGAUCCUGCCAUCGGACAAAAAUUGCCAUUCUUCUGGCAACAUUCCACAUAAGCAAGAUCUGUACUACAAUUCAACAACAGUGACAGUUGAACAACAACAACAUAGCUAUUGCCCAACGAAAUAUCAUGUUGGUAGUCAUAACAACAAUGCAAGCCCGCGUGCCUAUGCAAUAAAACCCCCAACAACAACGAUGACUCAACAUGACUAUCAAAGACGAGGCUUUAUCAGAAACCAAUUGUUGCGCAGCACAAGUGGCAACAACAACAACAACAACAGCAGCAGCAGCAAAAUUCGGUCCUUUUCUUCUCCUUUUACUUUUUAUCAACACAACCGCCAUUUCCACUGUGCAAAAAGGCAACUCAUGACCGGAACUGAUCCUUCUAUUGCUCCAAAUCCCUUACCACGAUCGUCAGAUAAUAUAACCGACUUUGAUAAUGGCGGUAAUCGAGGACGUGGUCGUGGACGAGGCCGUGGUCCUGGACGAGGACGAGGACAACAAUUUCACAAUACCAAUGACGGUGAAUUUCAUACCCAUCAACGCCACUUUCAUUACCAGUCGUCGUCAUCCCAUUACUCUAGAGGACGUCAUGAGGUUCCUUUUGGAUAUACACCAACAGCAAGACAGACACAAGAAUAUACAUCAUACAGUAACAAAAAGCAAGGGUUACCGUCGUCGCUGUUGACCAGACAAUCCCCACGCGAAAGUUACAUGAAGCUGAGUCAACAACCGUCGACUGUGCUGGCUGAACCUAUUGAUGACAAAAAGCUGCUUAUUCUUGAUUUGAACGGCACUUUGGCGAGUCGUACCACUAACAGACGAAGCAUGUAUGUACGACCGUAUCAGGACAAGUUUCUCGACUACAUUUUUCGACACUUUAAAGUGAUGGUAUGGAGCUCUGCACAGCCCCACUCGGUGAACAGCAUGUGCCGUUUGUUUGGAUCCUAUGUGGACGAUCUUUUGCUUACUUGGGACCGGCGCUACUUUAAUUUGUCUACGGGUGAUUACAACCGGAAAACCGUGACGCUGAAAGAUUUGGAGGUCGUGUGGCGUGCGCUGGGCCAAGAUACGUAUGAUGCCUCCAACACAAUCUUGGUGGAUGAUUCUCCUGCCAAGGCGAUCCUUCAGCCCUACAACAGCAUCCACUUGAAAGAAUUCGACCACACGUCGCCCACAUUCCGCAAGUAUGGCGAGGCCGAACUGUUGCAUGUUGUGCGGUACCUGGAGCAAGUGCGGAUACAGAGCAAUGUGUGUAGUUUUAUGCGAGAACAGCCGUUCGUGAGUCCCGAUCCAUCGCAAGACAAGGAGAACGAGUUCAGAGUGUACCACUAUGUGUUUGAUCAAGAAGGACGGCGAUUGCAUAGCUUUGAACCAAAAGAGCCAGAAGCGGGAGAGGCAGAGGUUGGAAAUGAGAGCGAUGACGACGAUAUCGAUGUAGUAGUAGCGCAACUUGAACAAAAGCUCAAGUCGACGACGAUAUAAAAAUAAACUUUUUUUCUUGGUUGUGUGAAAUGUACUACAUACAACGUCGUUUUGCUGUAUGGGCGGACCGUGAAUACGGGGCGUACGGUGUACAAGGACUUAUUGAAAGUGCCCUGGUUGAGAUCACUUUUUGCGUAACCUCACUCCCGAAAAAGAAACGCUCGAAUCUUCGCAACUUUUUUCGUUUUAUUUUUACCUUUUUGCUAUCAUUUUCCUUGCUCCCUCUUUUCCCUUUCUCUCUCUCUCU